CGCCGCUCAGCCCCCCUCCCCACCCCCCAACGCCCUCACUCAGCACGCCUUUUCUCGGCAGCUCUUUUUACUUCACAACUUAUCCGAGGAGCUAAACACUCGUGGAUUCUUUCAUUUAGCGGUGUCUCGGCAGGCUGGGUUUUUCUACUUUGAACUUCGGCUACUCUCUUCCCCCUCCUGUAGGUGACCAUGGCCGUACCGGCUGCUCUGAUCCCACCAAAUACUCUGGUCGCGCCGCCUCCGAUCUCGACUCCCACCCUGACGACGUCCCCGCCGACGACAACUUCGUCGCCGUCUCCAUCCCUGGCGCUGCCGUCCGCGCCCGGACAGAACCUGUUCAGAUCAGAGCUCCUCGCCACCGGCAGCCCGGGCAUCCCAAACGCGGCGCUGCCGCCCGGCAAGCCCGUGUACUCGACCCCGUCGCCCGUCGAGAACAUACCGCAGAACAACGAGUGCAAGAUGGUCGAGUUGCGCGCCGCCAAAGUGGCCUCUUUCACCGUGGACGGCUGCGAGCUCAUCUGCCUGCCGCAGGCUUUCGACCUGUUCCUGAAGCACCUGGUCGGCGGACUGCACACGGUCUACACCAAGCUGAAGCGGCUGGAGAUCACGCCGGUGGUGUGCAAUGUGGAGCAGGUCCGCAUCCUCAGAGGGCUCGGCGCCAUCCAGCCCGGGGUGAACCGCUGUAAACUCAUCUCCAGGAAAGACUUCGAGACGCUGUACAACGACUGCACCAACGCGAGCUCCAGACCGGGCCGACCUCCGAAGAGGUCCCAGAGUGUGACAUCGCUGGAGAACCCCCACAUCAUGCCCCACUCGGUCCCCGGACUCAUGUCUCCCGGCAUGAUCCCACCCACAGGGCAGCUUUUUCAGAGAGGUUUUGCAGGUGCAGCGGCUCAGCCCCAGCAGACAUGUAGUGCGUGGUCUGUAAGUGCUCUGUCUCGUCUCUCCUGCCUCCUCUCUCCAGGCCUGACAGCGGCGGCGGCAGCAGCUGCCAACGCAGCCAUUGCAGAGGCCAUGAAGGUCAAGAAGAUCAAGCUGGAGGCGAUGAGCGGCUACCACGGCAACGCCAACCACCAUGGGGUCGACGGAGAGAAUGGAGACCUCAGCUCCAGCGUCGGCCUGGAACUCCCCUUCAUGAUGAUGCCACACCCCCUGAUCCCAGUCAGCCUGCCCCCGGCCUCCGUCACCAUGGCGAUGAGCCAGAUGAACCACCUCAACACCAUCGCCAACAUGGCGGCUGCAGCACAGGGCCAGAGUCUGCCCUCCAGAAUGGUCACCUCUGUUAUAAAGGGGUUUCAGGAACGGGUGCCGGACAGUCCCUCCCCCGCUCCCUCCUUAGAAGACCACAGGAGGCCGGGCAGUCACCCGUCGUCCCACCGCAGCAGCAGCGUGUCCAGCUCGCCAGCCCACACGGAAAGCUCCUCAGACAGGAUACGUACGUUUGUCACACAGAUAAAUGCGAUGCACCACAACGGCCUGUCCAUGAACCACGCCCUGCUAGGGCUGUCCCCCAACAUGCCGCCCGGGCCUAAGGAGGGAGACCUGGCCCACGACAUGAGCCACGAAAUGAAGAGGAUGCACUCCGACAAAGAGGACAACUCAAUGUGCACCCCAACAGCAAGAGAUAGCUACGAGAGGUUGUCAUUGGCCGGACAGCAUCAAUAUCUGCCUCCUGGCUUCCCCUCACCAUUUCUCUUCCCAGAUGGCUUGUCGUCAAUAGAGACUCUCCUCACCAACAUACAGGGCCUGCUCAAGGUGGCUAUCGACAACGCGCGGGCUCAGGAGAAGCAGGUGCAGCUGGAGAAGACGGAGCUGAAGAUGGAGCUGUUCAGAGAGAGGGAGCACAGGGAGACUCUGGAGAAGCAGCUCGCCAUGGAGCAGAAGAACAGAGCGAUCGUUCAGAAGCGUCUGAAGAAGGAGAAGAAGGCCAAGAGGAAACUCCAAGAGGCCCUGGAGUACGAGUCCAAGAGGAGAGAGCAGGUGGAGCAGACUCUGAAGCAGCCCUCGCCCUCCGACAGCAUGCGGUCACUCAACGGUCAGAUGCUCCACAACUCUCUGACCCCUGAGAUGGAGAGUGACCGCAGCAGUGGAAGAACAGAUGCUGAAAGGACAAUACAAGAUGGAAGACUGUUCCUGAAAACCACCGUGAUGUACUGAUAAGGCCGCGAGGAGCUGGAGGAGAUAAAUCAUUCAGAAAAACAACAACAACAACAACAACAACAACAACAACAACAAAAAAAAGGAAAGAAAAGAAAACCGUGAAGAUUCUCAAGAGCCCUCGUUCAGGCUGGUUUAGUGGAGGGAAGAAGUCGAGCUGCUUCACUGGGAAUGCUGGAGGAGCUCGUGUCUGAAUGUAGAGUAAGAAGUCUUUUCCUCUCACAGAGGCCAACGUGAGAUAGUUCGGUAGAGCAGGUUUUGACGUAGCAGGUUGGCCAACGCGAAGGACAAAACACAUUGAGCACAGUAAAA